GAAAGUAAAGUCUGGCACUAGCUAUAGUGUUUUUUAUGCGUAAGCUGUAGUGUAAACGUGGCGUAGAAAAUGGAGGAAAUCGUCUUGCAAAACAAACCUAAGCUCAUCAAAUGGCUUAGUUUGGAUCAUAUUAUUGUUUUGCAACAUGUUCAAGCUAAAAAACUUAUAACAAUGUCGCAGUAUCGUGACUUGAAGGAAAUGAAGGCGAAGGACCGUGUUAUCCAACUUCUGGACAUCAUCCUUGAAAGGGGUGAAAAUGCGUGUCGGGAUUUUCUGUAUUUGCUAAAAGAAGAUGAUGUGAAUGAAAUAUCGCCUGAGCUCAGCGACUGGAUCAAAACGGUUGACACCGAAGACCAGAAAACAGAAAAAGACAAAGGAAGAGAAUGUCUUAAUAGGCCUAUACAAGAGACUACAAAUAUGACAGAACAAUCAGGCAUCCAAGUAACAUGCAAAAACUCUGCAUCUGGUGGUGGCAGUAUAAUUGCGCCUGUCAUAACUGGUGGAAAUCUAAGCUCCUUUGAAAUGAAUACGACUGUUGCACCCUCUGGCAGACAAGUUGUGCAGACAAAUUACCAGAAAUCUGAUAGAGACUGUGAACACAGGCCAAUACAAGAUUAUCAGAGGUUUCUAAAAGAAAACACCAGUAAACUGAUUCAAAAAGUGAAGAACUUUGAUCCAAUUAUUGAUGAUCUUGACCUACAUGAUGAAUUGGUUGCAAAUGUGAGAGCGAAGCCAACAGAUCAAGAGAAGAUGAGGAAACUGCUUACCUGUGUGAAUUGUGAAAGCAUUGCUAAGGACCUGUUCAACGCUCUGUGCGAGCAUGAAAAACGUCUAAUGAAUGAACUGCUGAAACGCUACUGAAAGUUGUAUUGUUUACCCACCAGAUGAGCAGCAUGUUAUUAAAUGAAAUGGAAUAUUGUACUGGCAAUGCCAACAAUAAAAAUUUUAAAAGUUUUUUUUCAAAUUGAUUGUUCCUGGUUUUCCUUUAUAUAUAUAUAUAUAUAUAUAUAUAAAUAUAUAUUAACCUUUUUUAUUGUUUGAAGACUCAUUUAUUCUUUUAGCCUAUGGUGUUACUUGAGAAUAUUGGGGUUAUAAAGUAGUUUUUAAUGGGUUAUCUUGCAUGUUUUUAUUUGAAUCACAUGAGUUUAAAAAAAAAAAACAUUUUUA